AGAAAAGGGGUUGCGACGCAGGCAGGCAGAUAGAGCAAGCGCUGUCAGGACCAAAAGGCUGAGGGACACAUAGCUUGAUCCAUUUGGACGGUACUGAAUACUGCAGAUCAGAUCAGAGGUCUUGCCAAUUAUUAAAAUUUGGACUAUCCUUUUAUGUCCCGGUUUCAUCUCGUCUUUGUUUGCUCAAGACUUCAUUUUCGCUGGUGAAAAGCACUCGCUUGAGAGUUUGCCUUGCCGCUUCUCCAUGUACAAAAUGGAUUACUCUUACCUGAAUACCUACGAUUCUUGCAUGGCUGCAAUGGAAGCCUCGGCCUAUGCGGACUUCAACUCGUGCAGUCAAGCCAAUACCUUUCAAUACAACCCUAUCCGGACCAGCUUCGGUGCCAAUCCAGGUUGCCCUCCCCUCAGUACAGGUAGUUGUACGCUGGGAGCACUUCGAGAUCACCAACCUGCACCGUAUUCCACAGUUCCCUACAAGUUCUUCUCUGACCCAUCCGGGCUUAAUGAGAAACGGAAGCAGAGACGCAUACGCACGACGUUCACCAGCUCUCAGCUGAAGGAGCUCGAGAGGGUGUUCGCGGAGACGCAUUAUCCAGAUAUCUACACAAGAGAAGAGUUGGCACUUAAAAUCGACCUUACCGAGGCCAGAGUUCAGGUGAGCGCGAUCAAGAGACGGAGACUACGCCAUCCAAUUUGUCAGUUAAAACGGGAUACCGUACCACAGGUUUGGUUCCAGAACCGUCGUGCCAAAUUCCGAAAGCAGGAGCGCGCAGCCAACUCUAAAGGCAACAACGGCACGGGGAGCAAUGGCGGCGCGAGCACCAAGAAAGGUGAGACCAGGUCCUCGUCGGAAGAUGACGAGUCAAAGGAGUCCACCUGCAGCCCGACCCCGGACAGCACGGCGUCUCUUCCCAGCUCGGGGAACAUGGGCAGUCCUGGCAGCAGCCUCAGCCCCAGCCCGGUGUCCGUUGCAGGAGCGGGCUUCGUCAACACCUCCUCCUCCUCUGUACACCAGGGGCUCAAGACCCCAAGCUGGCCUGGUCUCGGCCCCACUAGCACUGGGGUGGCCCCCGCCGGGCCCCAGGGCUCCGACCUGCUGAAGGCCUGGCAGCCCGCGGACAGUAUGGCGGGGCCCUUCGCCGGGGUCCUGUCCAGCUUCCAUCGGAAACCCAACGCCCUGAAGACCAACCUGUUCUAGAACUCGCCUCCU